CGAGGCGGGAGGCGGAGUCGGCGGCGGCACGGAGGCCACGCCUUCCGUGUCGUCAUCGUCGCGCGCCGCGAGGCCAGCGGCGUGACGUCGGCGGCGCGACGGCGACGGCGACGGCGAGCGGCGCCCAUCGGAGGCAGAGGAGGCGAACGUUUCGACCCGUAGCCCUGCGCCCGCAGUUAAGGAAAUGACCAACCAGUACAGCAUUCUCUUCAAGCAAGAGCAAGCACACGAGGAUGCCAUCUGGUCAGUCGCAUGGGGGGCGAACAAGAAAGAAUUCUCUGAUACGGUGGUCACAGGAUCUCUGGAUGACCUAGUAAAGGUCUGGAAAUGGCGUGAUGAAAGACUGGAACUGCAGUGGAGCUUGGAGGGACAUCAGCUGGGUGUGGUGUCUGUGGACAUCAGCCACACACUCCCCAUCGCUGCUUCCAGCUCUCUUGAUGCUCAUAUUCGUCUGUGGGACUUGGAAAAUGGCAAGCAGAUAAAGUCUAUAGAUGCAGGUCCAGUGGAUGCCUGGACCUUGGCCUUUUCUCCUGAUUCCCAGUAUCUAGCCACAGGAACUCACGUGGGGAAAGUGAACAUUUUUGGCGUGGAAAGUGGGAAAAAGGAAUAUUCUUUGGACACGAGAGGAAAAUUCAUUCUUAGCAUUGCCUAUAGCCCCGAUGGGAAGUAUCUGGCCAGCGGAGCCAUUGACGGAAUCAUCAAUAUUUUUGACAUCGCGACUGGAAAACUUCUGCAUACGCUGGAAGGCCACGCUAUGCCCAUUCGCUCCCUGACUUUCUCCCCGGACUCCCAGCUUCUUGUCACCGCUUCUGACGAUGGCUACAUCAAAAUCUAUGACGUACAGCACGCCAGCCUGGCCGGCACGCUGAGUGGCCAUGCGUCGUGGGUGCUGAACGUGGCCUUCUGUCCUGAUGACACGCACUUUGUUUCCAGUUCAUCUGACAAGAGCGUCAAAGUGUGGGACGUGGGGACGAGGACCUGCAUCCACACCUUCUUUGACCACCAGGACCAGGUCUGGGGAGUCAGAUACAACGGGAACGGCUCCAAGAUCGUUUCCGUCGGAGAUGACCAGGAGAUCCACAUCUAUGACUGUCCAAUUUAAGUGUCACAAUCUCCAGGCCAUGCUCUGGAGAGAGUGCAGAUGCGAGCGACCGGGCCAUCCCUCACUGGAGGGCUUAUGUAGAAGAAGUAGUCUGAGGGUGGCAGCCAAGACUGAAUUUUUCUAGAUCUAACAUGCAGUUUCUUAUGUCUUACUGGAAACACUGUUCACACGUGUACAUAAACAUGUUCUUAUUGCGGA